CCCUCUGUAUAUAGUCUACGCAGGAUCUGUACUUUCUUUCAUUAUUUUUUUCUCUGUCAUUUCGAGCUUCCCACGUCACUAUACAUACCGAAUUCACCCAUCAAACCAGCGUUUUGAACCAACAGAGUCACUGAGGGACGCCAGUCGUUGCACGACAAGAAUAUAUUGGUCGAAGAAAGGACCGAGUAAUAUGGUACUGCGACUGAUGAUUGUGUUAUUUACAUCCCAAAUUUUGCAGAUCACGGCAUCCGGUGACCAGAAGCAGCAAACCACUACCGCGCAGCAAGAACCUGACGGAAAAUCUUUAAUUCCACGGGUACCUUUACAAGAAGUUUUGCCGUUUCUUCAAUCUUAUCAGGACAUUCACCUACAAAUGAUUACCCUAGAGGAUUGGAAUAACCUCAGAUGCGAAUGUGUGAAGUCUAGGUUCCAAGCAAGACAUAACGGUGGAUGUGAGAGGACGCUGCACUGCUACACAUGGGUGAAGGUCUCAAUGAGAGAGACGAUGGUAAGAGAAGAAGGCUGGGUUGACUUCCAAGCUGUUCAGGUGGAUGGGUUUACGAGUGUCGAUCUGAAGAAGAUAGUAGGAAUUGAGCCAACGGAAGAGCGACCAGAAGAGCUUCCUCACUCCUACGUUGUGGCGAAGGUUGCUCAGGAAUGUAUGCUUGUCACAUAUGGUCAAUCAACUGAUGGACAGCAAAAGUGCCUGCUUUGGGGAUUAUCCGGAAACCAUGUUAGCACUGACACUGAGUGCUAUAAAGCCCUCAAAUCGAUUUGCCCUGAUGACAUGUACGAUAUGACGGAAAGCGACGGUCCGUGCCUGCACUACGAUCGUUACGAAGACAGCCGUAACAAUAUAGGACAGGAGGAUGAAGAAACCCAUUAG